AUGGUUAAAUUUUAUCAGCAUGUGUUUAAUUAUGACUACCAGUGGCAGAAUGUAACUCUUGCCUUUUGGUUGAGAUAUCCUAACCCGUUUGCUUCACAUGUUCUCUCGGUCGAUGUAUUGGAUCGUUACGUCGAUGAGCAAGGUGUGUUAAAGACAACAAGACUCGUUUUAAAGAAGGGAAAAGUCCCCAAAUGGUUCCCACAAAACUUGUUAAAGAACUCUGAAGCGUUUGUGAUUGAAGAGUCCGAAGUGAAUCCCAAGACGGGCACGAUGAUCACUCGUACCAAGAACCUGAAUCAUGUCCGUGUUAUGCAGGUAGAAGAAACACAAAUCUUUCAGCAAUUGGACAACAACCGUACUUCGUGUAAAACAGAAGCUCGUAUUGUCUCCAAGUUUGGCUGGGGAAUGACUGGUCGCAUUGAAGGUUUCGGUCAAAGCACAUUCAUCGCCAAUGCCGCCAAAGCUCGUAAGGGCAUGCAACAUAUCUUGCAAGCUAUUCGUGAGAAGCAGUCUCCCUUCCACACUCCAGCCUAA